GUUGUCCAACAACUACUUGUAACAAGGUACUAGUGAGAAGCGAAUUGAUAUAGCCUGUGACCAACGUAUAAAUUGUUACACCGUUAAAUGAUAAUGAUGACGAGUAGAAUAUUAAUGUAGUAAUAACUAUUAUUGCAGGGAAAAUACGUUUUGCAUAUUUAAACAUCUAUGAUCAAUUUCAGUUGAGAUCGAACUUAUAUUGAGAAUAAAAGCAGAAAUGCAAUAAUGGCUGCACAUACUAUAUAUGAUUACAUGAAGAUACAAAACAGACCUUUCAGUGUGAAUGAUGUAGUUACAAAUUUACAUAAUGAAUACAGCAAGACCGAAGUUCAAAAGGCUAUGGAUGAACUGGUGGCUAAUAAGAAAUUGUUUGAGAAAGUUUAUGGUAAGCAGAAAAUAUAUUGUGCUGUCCAAGAUUUAACAUAUGAUGCAGAUGAAUUAAUGACGAUUGACAAAGAAUUACAAUCUCACGCUAAGGAAAUUGAGAGCAAAUAUCAAGAGGUCACGAAAGAAAUUAAGAACAAGGAAGUUCUAUUAUCCUCCUUAAAGGCGAGUUUAAUACUGGAGGAUGCACAAAAGAAAAAAAUUACUUUACAACAAAGCAUAAAGCAGUUAACAUAUAAAUUAGAUACACUGAUGGAAACAACUAGCUCUGUGGAUUUGCAUGAAUCUAAAAGAAAGGCACAAAAGGAACUGGAUGAAAAUUCACGCGAAUAUCUAAAAAGGAAAAGAAUAUGCACUGAUAUAAUAGACUGUAUUUUAGAAAAUUAUCCUGGUAGCAAGAAUGACUUAUCUGAAGAAAUAGGUCUAAAUUUAACAACUGUAUAGUAAAUUCUUUUUCUUUCUGUAUUGUUUAAAUCACUGUGCCUUUAGUCUACCUGAGAUAUAUUCAGCAAUGUCACAUUGUAUGGUAAAUUAAUAAUAUAGGUUAAAUCUUAUCCUGGUGAUUGCCUUAAAAGGGUUUCUUAUUUUUGCUAACUCACAUAUACAUUUAUUUUCGUUUAUGAUUGUUGUGACAUUGGUAUUUAGGUUUAUUUACACAUAUAUUUAUUUAUGCUUUUAAAGUUGCUACGUAUAAAAAAGUCAUUCAAAUUGUUUCUUUGACAGAAAUGUUAUAUGCUAAAGUACUUGGAUUAAAUUGGGUUAAAUUGGAUACUUAUAUACUUGGAUUAAAUAGAUCUGUUUCAAGUUACUAAAUAAUACGUAUUCUAUGAUGUCAUUCUGAAAUAAGACAGCAUUUAUUUUAUUUGUUUAUAUAUUACACAGUUCACUUUAUGUGCUUACACAGCUUUUUUUUAUUUAUUAUAAAUGUGCAUAUGUAGGCUACUGAUAAGUAAACCAAUUAAUAUUUAUAAGUUAGAACUAUUAUAUUUUUUCCAAUAAUCUCCAUGUACAAUUAAGUGAAAAGAAUAUGAUG